AUGCCCAACAUUGGGGUCGCCCAACGUAACACAUCACACCAAACCUUGUCACAUCCAAACACAUCUAAUGGCUUUCCAUCAAUCAGAACAGAUAACCCACUCGACGAUAUAGGAUCCUCCGAAUUAGAGGCCGAUGUCACAGCCUUCCACAGUAAUCUCAGCCUCGAUACUGUCGUCGAUUUGCGAACCCUGAUCAACGGCGCGAGACUCGCAAAGCAACGCUUGCGCAAUGUCCCGUCUGGGCUUACCCCGGCGGAGUUGGAAACUAUAACCAGGGAGAGUUCGGAGAAAUACUUAUCGUUCUUGCAAACAAGGGGGCUCCUUGUUACUGUUAUGGCCACAGCCUGUGCGGCAAUCACACAGGGAUGGCAGCAAUCAACAAUAAAUGGCAGUGCGCUUUUGAAGUGGCAGGAUGAUCUUGGCCUUGAUACUGGCCAUGACAGGAUUUUGAUUGGAUUCAUCAAUGCAGCCCCUUGGCUUUCUGGCAGUCUUAUAGGAACAUGGUUGAGCGAUCCACUCCAAGAAAGAUUCGGGAGACGGCCCGCGCUCUUCCUUUCUGCCAUUUCCUGUGUUGCUGUUAUAUUGAUCACAGGAACAGCUCAUUGCCAUUCAUGGAAGACGCUACUGAUCUGUCGGGUACUCCUUGGUGUGGGGAUCGGAUCAAAAGCUUCAAUAGCCCCUAUAUUUGCCGCUGAAGCAGCACCUGAUAAACAUCGAGGUAAAAUCUUGAUGUUGUGGCAACUGUUUGAUGCACUUGGAAUAUUUCUCGGUUUCUUCUGUGCACUGAUUGUGAUGGACAGUUGGAGAGUACUCUUGGCGACCGCGAUAAUUCCCGCCAUCGUCCUUCUCUUUUUGGUGUUCAUGUGUCCCGAGUCGCCCCGAUUCCUGAUACAGAGGAACCAAUAUGCCGAUGCAUAUAAAAGCCUCCUCGAGCUUCGAGGAACACCCAUUCAAGCUGCCCGAGAUCUUUACUACAUUCACGCUCAGCUUCAAACCGAGGCUAUCACAAUAUGGAAUCCCCACGAAGAGAAAUCAUGGUGGUUAGAACGAGAACAGAUCUAUGCCUACCAAAGUUGGAUCAACAGAGGUAGUUUCUUCCGGCGGAUGAUGUGUCUCGCCACCAAUCCGCGAACCCGAAGAGCGUGCACAGUGGCUUUGAUAGUAAUGGUGUCGCAACAACUAUGUGGUAUCAAUGUUUUGGCCUUCUAUUCAUCUGAACUUUUGCACACCGACCAGAGUAACUCGAGCGAAUCGAGUGAUGCCUUGUCUACUUCUCUCACAGUCAUCAAGUGGUACAAUUUCUCAUUCGGUCUAGCAAACUUCCUCUUCACUUUACCUGCAUAUUUCUUCAUUGACUCGCGUGGACGCCGACCCCUGCUACUUGUCUCAUUUCUUGGGAUGCUUUUAAGCCUGAUAGCAGUCAGCGGCUUCUUCAAAAUCGAGGACCACCAUACACGAUUAAUUAUGGUAGCAGUCUUUAGCUGUUUACCUUUUGUCUUUUUCUACUCGAUCGGUGCUGGGCCCAUUCCCUUUACAUUGAGUGCGGAGGUGUUCCCUCUGUGCGUGCGCGAGGUGGGAAUGAGCUUCAGUGUUAUGGUCAACUUCCUUGGUCUCGGGCUUUUAGUACUCUUUGUGCCUGAGUUGACCACUGAAUUCCACGGCGAGGGGAAUCUUCUCUUCUUCUUCUCAGGCUUGAAUCUAUUGGCACUCAUCUUGAUUUUCUUCUUGGUCCCCGAAACCAAGGACGUAUCACUAGAGGACAUGAACUCGAUAUUCGCUCGAGCAACAAAAGAACAUGUUCGGGACCACUGGAGCAGUCCCCUCUAUGGAGGCCGCCACGCCAGGGAGAUUGUUAGUAUAGCUCUGCAAAACAGACAAGGUGUAUAA